GGGACCGGGCGCGGCUGCGGCCUCGGCGGGAGCAGCAUGGACUGGGGCACCGAGCUGUGGGAUCAGUUUGAGGUGCUCGAACGGCACACCCAGUGGGGGCUGGACCUGUUGGACAGAUACGUGAAGUUCGUGAAAGAGCGGACAGAGGUGGAACAGGCUUAUGCCAAACAGCUUCGGAACCUGGUGAAAAAAUAUUUGCCCAAGAGACCUGCCAAAGAUGACCCUGAGUCCAAGUUCAGCCAGCAUCAGUCCUUCGUGCAAAUUCUACAGGAGGUAAACGACUUUGCGGGCCAGCGGGAGCUGGUGGCUGAGAACCUCAGCGUCCGCGUGUGUCUCGAGCUGGCUAAGUACUCGCAGGAGAUGAAACAGGAGAGAAAGAUGCACUUCCAGGAAGGCCGUCGGGCCCAACAGCAGCUGGAAAGUGGCUUCAAACAGCUGGAGAAUAGUAAGCGUAAAUUUGAGCGAGACUGCCGGGAGGCGGAAAAGGCGGCUCAGACGGCUGAGCGGCUAGACCAGGAUAUCAACGCCACCAAGGCUGAUGUGGAGAAGGCCAAGCAACAAGCCCACCUUCGGAGUCACAUGGCAGAAGAAAGCAAAAAUGAGUACGCGGCCCAACUACAGCGCUUCAAUCGAGACCAGGCCCACUUCUAUUUUUCCCAGAUGCCCCAGAUAUUUGAUAAGUUGCAAGACAUGGAUGAGCGCCGGGCCACCCACCUGGGGGCUGGGUACGGGCUCCUGUCAGAGGCUGAGCUCCAGGUGGUACCCAUCAUCGCCAAGUGUUUAGAGGGCAUGAAGGUGGCUGCGGAUGCCGUGGAUGCCAAGCAUGACUCCCAGGUCCUCAUCGAACUGCACAAGUCAGGCUUUGCCCGCCCUGGCGACGUGGAAUUCGAAGACUUCAGCCAGCCCAUGAACCGCGCGCCCUCAGACAGCAGCCUGGGUACCCCCUCCGAUGGACGGCCUGAGCUCCGAGGCCCGGGCCGCAGCCGUGCCAAACGCUGGCCCUUCAGCAAGAAGAACAAGACAGUGGUGACUGAGGAUUUUAGCCACUUGCCUCCAGAGCAGCAGAGAAAGCGGCUUCAGCACCAGUUGGAAGAACGUAAUCGGGAGCUACAGAAGGAGGUCGACCAGAGGGAAGCCCUGAAGAAAAUGAAGGAUGUGUACGAGAAGACGCCCCAGAUGGGGGAUCCUGCCAGCUUGGAGCCCCGGAUCACAGAAACUCUGAACAACAUCGAACGGCUGAAAUUGGACGUGCAGAAGUAUGAGGCUUGGCUGGCAGAAGCUGAGAGCCGGGUUCUGAGCAACCGGGGGAACAGCCUGGGCCGGCACGUCCGGCCUCCAGACCCCCCAGCCAGUGCCCCCCCAGACGGCAGCAGCAACAACAACGCAUCACAGGACAACAAGGAGAGCUCUGAAGAGCCCCCCUCGGAGGAAAGUCAGGACACCCCCAUCUACACGGAGUUCGAUGAGGAUUUUGAGGAGGAGCCCGCAUCCCCCAUAGGUCACUGUGUGGCCAUCUACCAUUUUGAAGGGUCCAGCGAGGGCACCAUCUCCAUGGCCGAGGGUGAAGACCUCAGUCUCAUGGAAGAAGACAAGGGCGACGGCUGGACCCGAGUCAGACGGAAACAGGGAGGCGAGGGCUAUGUGCCCACCUCCUACCUCCGGGUCACACUCAACUGAGACCUGCCCGAGGCGGGA